GGCGGGCAGACAUGAGAAUGCUGAAUACAAGAGACAAGUACAUGCUAAGGAGAAAAGAUUGGCUCAGCACCCAGAUGUGAAAAAUUGCUCAAUGGAAGACUAUGGUGAACCUGAUGAGAGCUCCUGGGCUUAUCUACCUGAUGUCUGUCUGAGACAUAUCUUCCAUUGGUUAGACAACAGGGACAGAUCUCAGGCUGCUUUGGUCUGUAAAAAAUGGAACUGGGCCAUGCACUCAGGAACCCUUUGGAGAAGCAGAGCUAUUACAUUCUAUGGCCGACCAUCAAGGGCAUACAGCCUAGAGACUAAGAGUGCAUUGUGGUAUGUAAAAAAAUAUGGCAAGUAUCUGGAGCAUCUUGAGAUCAAGUUAUCAAAUCCUCCCAAUACUACCUUUACCCAAAAAUUUCAAGUGACUGUGAGAGGUCUUCUUUCACACCUGGCUAAGUGUAACAGUCGCCUGCUAUCCCUAAGUAUCAAGUGCUUGGAAUUUGACCGCUGGAUCUGGAAAAAUGUGGUGAGAGCUCGGUUUAUCAAGAACUUGGGUACCUUCCUGAAAAGAAUGAGUAAACAGCUUGAUUAUCUCAACUUAAAAGGAGCAAGAGUAACCUUGGAAGAAGGCUGUGAACUUCUGAAUUCUCUGAGCUGCUUGACAAACAAAAGUUUUAUAUCUGAAAUCAGUAUAGAGGAUUUCUUCUGCAUCAACCUUCCUGUCUACAGGAGCACCUUGUUCCACCAAACUAUAUCCAAGUUCCACAGCCUGGUCACGCUGACUUUGAAUUACAGCUGUAUCUCUGAUGAAGUGCUGGACAUCCUGCAGGAGCACAGUGCUCAUUCCCUGUGCACCUUGAAUAUCAAAUGUCAUGUCCAUGACCCUCAUAGGCAACAUGUGUGGGGAUUGUCAUGGGCAAACUUGGCCAAAAGAGCCCCCAGACUGAAUGUGAACUUCUUAUUUGAAAGAGUAAUGAAGCAUGAUGAACUUUACAGGAUCCUGCUAGCAGAGAUCCCAGUCAGGAGCAUAAGUCUACGGAGCUGCUAUUUCAGUCACCCAGACUGGAUAAUGAGACCAACCCUCACCAACCUCCUCCCAGCCUACUGCCAUGUUCUGCAGGAAUUAACACUUGAACUAAACAAUGUCCAUGAGCUGCUGGAUGAUGAGCUUCUGCAGCUCAUCUUAUCAUGCAAGAGGUUGUUAUUUCUGAAAGUCUGGGCAUAUCUAAGUGUUACCUUUAUGGAGACGCUGCUACAAAACCGUGCAGAAAGGAAAUGCAUUUUGACAACCAUAAAGGUCAGGAUUUACACACGCCACCAAGAGACCAAUGAGGAGAAUCAGCUGUUGGGUGAUAUUCACAGGAAGUUCAGAUACCUGAUUGACUCAGAGCUUAAUUAUUUUGUCACCAUCUACCCAAUGGUGUAAACAACAGAGACGACCACCCAGUGACAUCUGCAAGAAAUGAGCAAAAUUUCUUUGGAGGGAUUUGAAUCUUGACAGCAGUGCUUCUGAAAGGGAGAUACCAAUACAGCAAGAGAGAGGCAAGGGACACUUUUACACUCCAUGCAUUAAAAUGUUGGACUUGGGAAUUGGCCUCCUGUGUCUUCAGUAUCAUUUAUUCUUGCUCUUGCUUUGCUUUUCCUUGGCAGAGCCAAAGGAAGCAGAGAGCUUUUUUCUACCUUCACAGGCUUUUCUAGUAAAUA